AUGGCGGGGAACUUCGUCGCGGGCGGCAGCGGGAGCACGAUGAAGUCGAGCUUCUCCGGCGACGGCCUCCUGCUCCGCCAGAGCGUCUACGGGAACGCGUCGCCGUCGGAGAAGAUGGUGUCGCGGCUGACGUCGACGGCGCGCGCCGCGGGCCAGGCGAUCCUGGACCACAAGAUCGUGAGCCCGCGGGCCAUCGCGCGCAUGCGCGCGGAGAACAAGGUCAAGCGCCAGGAGCUCGCGGGCACGCAGUGGCAGUUCGGCACGAAGGACGACAUGGCCGACUGGCGGACGGCCGUCAAGUCCGGCACGGAGCUCAACAGCGGCAUGCUGCGCACCUACCGCCUCAACCAGGCCGACGGCGACGCGAAGACGAGGUACGCGAAGCAGGACGAGGAGCGCAAGGAGCGGCGGCGCGUCAUGGAGUGCGGCGCGGGCGUCCGCUUCGACGAGGCCGACAGCGAGCGCGGCAAGUACGCGCAGGACCACAAGCUCUACAGCUCGCUCCAGGAGGCGCGGAAGAACAACCCCGGCGGCCACCUCGACACGAAGGCCAUGGUGCUCAAGUUCAAGUACGCGAGCAACCAGAUCUGGCCGAGCAACGUCUACGACCGGUCCGACUUCGAGACGGACGAGAAGCGGCGCCAGCGGACGCUCGCGACGGCCUGCGGGAGCCCCGUCGACAUGAUGCGCGCGCGGCGGAAGCUCGUCGAGGAGGGCAAGGAGAAGAAGGUCGCCUUCCAGCGCGGCCAGAUCGACUGCCUCCGCGCGCACCCGAACCUCCGGAGCCGCGACGGCUUCUACAACCGGCGCACGAGCGACUUCGACCUGCCCGAGGCCGGGCCCGGCCGCGCGUCCCUCGAGCACCAGAAGCAGGUCAACCGCGAGCGCAAGCAGGCCCUCUCGGGCACGCAGUGGCAGUUCGGCCUCACGGACGCGUGGCAGACGGACUUCCAGACGACGAUGCACAGCGCCGUCUCCGCGAAGAACAGCAUCAACGCCGACAGCCUCACCGAGCUCUGCGAGUCCAAGGACCGCGCGAAGAAGCUCAAGGCCCACCUCACGCGCACGACGAUCCAGCUCGGCGGCGACUCGUGGGGCUGA